UGCAGCAAAGCAGAGAAUGCAUUCAAUCAAAUGAGCCGAUCUUGUAGAAACACUGGAAUCGUUUAUGCAUUGCAGUUUCUCUCUCUCUCUCUUUCUCUCUCUCUCUCUCUCGCUCUCACACACACACGCUCCCUCUCUGCCUUCGUCCCUCCCUCCCUCCCUCCCUUUCUCUUCCUUAGGAUAUUUGGGCUGGAUUCCCUUUAAUUCAUCACGACCUGCUCCUUGGGGUUGGUGCACUUGUCAUUUGCACAGAAGAUUUGCAUCAUUCAGGGCAAACCGACAACUGUGGGAUUUCCCUCCCCCUGCCCUCUCCUUCCUUUCCUUCCAAUAUAUUUUUUAAGGGAGGGGAAAAAAUCCCCUCUGUGCCGAUUUGAGAGUUUUAGGACCCAGGAGACUUCCUCUCCAACAGCAGGAGCCGUGUGUGCUUUCCACAUAGCGGUACAGUACCAGGAAAACCCCGUCGGAUCGGUGAUUGUAGGAUACUUGUGAAAUCUCCCUCGGAUUCCUGCUUCCCGGGGACUGCAUGGUGGCGUUGGGAUUUCUCCAGGUGCAUCGAGGGGCUUUGAGAAGGCUCCAUGCUCACAAGCCAGGACUCCUUUCCUUGUCCAAGAGCUCGCGGACUUCUGGGGUUAUCCAUCUCUCCCUCUGGCUUUCCCCCCUUCUGAGCCAGCUCCUUCUCCUUCUCCCUCUCGCUCUUCUUCCCGUCUUCUAAUUUUAAUUUCUGCUUCCCACCUGGAUUGUACCAUCCGCGCGAGCAACCUGGCCACUUUGAGAACUCGCAGGAGGCGAAUCUGGCCACGGAUCUUGAGCUCUAUAUGGAAUUAUCUGCUUGGAUGGUGAACUUGGCACUCGUGAAUGGGCAUCUUCUCCCUCGUCUUAAUUGCUAGCAGCGAAAAGGGAAAAGAACCCGGAGGAGUUUUGGGUUUUUCUGGUUUUUUUCCUGUUGUUGUUUUUUUUUAAUCGUGGAUUCCUUGACUACGCAUUGUGAUGACCAGCAAUUACCUUACUGACUGAUACAAGGAGACGACUAUUUUGCAAGACUGUGGUGGGGAACAGCCUUGGAGAGCUGGAAGAUGAAAGCUCCUAUUCCUCACUUAAUUCUCUUGUAUGCUACUCUUGUUCAGAGUUUGAAGGUUGUGACCAAAAGGGGCUCAGCGGAUGGAUGUACUGACUGGUCAGUGGAUUACAAGAAGUAUCAAGUCUUAGUGGGAGAACCUGUUCGUAUAAAGUGUGCAUUGUUUUAUGGAUAUAUAAGAGCAAAUUACACCCUAGCACAAAGUGCUGGACUCAGUUUAAUGUGGUACAAAAGCUCUGGACCUGGAGAUUUUGAGGAGCCUAUAGCUUUUGAUGGAACUAGAAUGAGCAAAGAGGAAGAUGCCAUUUGGUUUCGUCCAACAGUGCCCCAAGACAGUGGGCUUUAUGCAUGUGUCAUAAGAAACUCUACUUACUGUAUGAAAGUAUCCAUUUCGCUGACAGUGGGUGAAAAUGACACUGGCCUCUGCUACAAUUCAAAGAUGAAAUACUUUGAAAAAGCUGAACUUAGCAAAAGCAAGGAAAUCUCAUGCCCUGACAUACAGGAUUUCUUAAUACCAUAUAGAGAGCCUGAAAUCCUGUGGUAUAAGGAAUGCCAAGUCACAACCUGGAGGCCAAGUAUUGUAUUCAAAAAGGACGUUCUUGUUAUCCAGGAGGUCAGAGAAGAUGACAUUGGAAAUUACACGUGCGAAUUAAAAUAUGGAAUGUUUUUUGUCAGAAGAACUACAGAAUUAACAGUUACAGCACCACUAACAGAAAAACCACCAAAGCUUUUAUAUCCUUCAGAGAGUAAACUGACAAUUCAGGAAACACAGCUGGGCCAUUCUGCUAAUCUAACCUGCCGAGCGUUCUUUGGAUACAGUGGAGAAGUCAGCCCUUUAAUGUACUGGAUGAAAGGCGAAAAGUUUAUUGAAGAUUUGGAUGAAAGUCGGGUUUGGGAAAGUGAUAUUAGAGUUCUUAAGGAACAUCUCGGGGAACAGGAAGUUUCCAUCUCAUUAAUUCUUGACUCAGUGGAAGAAGGAGACCUCGGAAAUUACUCGUGUUAUGUUGAAAAUGGAUAUGGCCGCAGACUUGCUACCGUUAUUCUACUUAAAAGGGAGCUGAUGUAUACAGUUGAGCUUGCUGGCGGGCUUGGUGCUAUUCUGCUGCUACUUGUUUGUUUAGUGACUAUCUACAAGUGCUACAAGAUUGAGAUUAUGCUAUUCUACAGGAAUCAUUUUGGUGCUGAAGAACUAGAUGGAGAUAACAAAGAUUAUGAUGCAUACCUGUCAUACACCAAAGUGGAUCCUGACCAGUGGAAUCAGGAAACGGGGGAAGAAGAAAGAUUUGCUCUUGAGAUCCUACCAGAUAUGCUUGAAAAGCAUUAUGGGUACAAAUUGUUCAUUCCUGAUAGAGAUUUGAUUCCAACUGGAACAUACAUAGAAGACGUGGCCAGAUGUGUAGACCAAAGCAAGCGACUGAUCAUUGUCAUGACUCCAAACUACGUGGUAAGAAGAGGCUGGAGUAUCUUUGAACUGGAAACGAGGCUUCGGAACAUGCUAGUUACGGGAGAAAUUAAAGUGAUACUGAUUGAGUGCAGUGAACUUCGGGGAAUCAUGAACUACCAGGAGGUUGAGGCCCUGAAACAUACUAUCAAACUCCUAACUGUUAUUAAAUGGCACGGACCAAAAUGCAACAAGUUGAAUUCCAAAUUCUGGAAACGUUUACAGUACGAAAUGCCUUUUAAGAGGAUAGAACCCAUCACACACGAGCAGGUUUUAGAUGUCAGUGAGCAGGGCCCCUUUGGGGAACUGCAGACGGUCUCAGCAAUUUCCAUGGCUGCUGCUACCUCCACGGCUCUUGCCACGGCCCAUCCUGAUCUGCGCUCCACCUUUCAUAACACGUAUCAUUCCCAGAUGCGCCAGAAACACUAUUAUCGAAGCUAUGAAUACGACGUACCUCCUACUGGCACCCUGCCUCUUACCUCAAUAGGUAACCAGCAUACCUACUGCAACAUCCCUAUGACACUUAUUAAUGGGCAGAGGCCACAGACAAAAACUAACAGGGAGCAGAAUCCCGACGAGGCUCACACAAACAGUGCGAUACUGCCACUCCUACCACGGGAAACCAGUAUAUCAAGUGUCAUUUGGUGACAUAAAUGCAAGGGGGAACUCGCCCCCCUUGUGUAGAAGCUAAGUCUGCAGUCUGGUGCCUGGAACUACAUCCUCGACUGCUGCUGUUAAACAUGCAUUACAAUCUAUGAAAUAUGAGGAAAAACAGGGUCUUGUACAUAUGUUUUUGCGAAUUUCUUUGUAGCAUCAGUCUUCCUGUUUUACCCAUGUCUCCUGCCAUUCACAUUUUGACUUUGUUUUAUAUGUCAUUGGGAUUUGUAUAUUUGCAUUUUUUAAAAAAAGAGAAAAAAUGAAGAGACUGCUGUAUAGAUAGGAAAACCUUUUUGCUUCAUUAGUAUAGUUUGAGUGUUAUUUUUUAAAACAUUUAUUAGGAAUGCUUGGACAAAGUUAUGUUGAAUCCAGAAGCACUAUCCAUUUGUUGGCCCGCCUAGCCUGAUUCCCAGCGGCCAUGCUUGCAGCAAUUCACCAGUGUGCGUGUGUGUGCGUGUGUGUGUGGGGAGGGGGACAUUUGUUCUUAGGAGGACCCCACUAACGACUCAUAGCCCUAUCUUCAUUCAUUAUCCCACUGCUACACUUUACCCCCUUACCCUUGCCUUUUUUACAGCACCACACAGAGUGAAAUUACAGGUGGUCUAAAUGUCUUAACAUUUCACAUAGUUAAUAGUUGUGGAACAAAACAAAACAAAAUAAAAAUACACAACCCAGUCUGUAUCACUUGGUUCACAAUAACCACUAUGGAGUAUGUAGAAAGAAAAAUAGGGUGUUAUGCUUUAUUUUAUGAGUUGGUUGUAUUCCUUUUAUAUAAAGAUAAUAACAUGCUGACUCUAAUUCAUUCAAUUCCUGAGAAAGUGUUGGAUGUGUUUGUGACUCCCUCCCCCACUCCGUUUUUGGUUGGGACCAGUGGAUCUCUUUCUUGCUUUAAAUUCUUCAAAUGAGAUUAUUUACAUUCAUCAGGCAAGUAUGGCAAUAGGCACUGAAGUGCACUAAACCCCGCAGAGAUUUACGGUGAUGGCUUCCAAACCAAAGGAAAGCAGAAGGACAAUAUCUAAUAUGGUUUGUCACAUUGUAUUACGAAAAAGUUGUCUUUUAAGAAGUAUGAGAAAAUUCUUUUGCAGCCGAUUUGGAGUCCCCGUGUAUAUUAAAGUUUGGUCAUUGCCUUUUCUUUUUGCUGAUA